UGUCUAAAGUGGCCGAUGGUAAGAUCCCGCGAGAGUUCCCCUCCGCUCCGCGCAGGCGCUGACCUUUCGCGAGAUUCCCGCCGAGGAGGAGGCGGCGACGGGGCCCAGGGCCGGCUGGACAAGAUGGCGACGACGACGACUAUCACCCUGGGCACUGAGUCCAUAAAGUUGGAAAAUGGACAAAGCACAGCAGCUAAGCUGGGGCUUCCUCCUCUCACCCCGGAACAGCAGGAAGCUCUUCAGAAGGCAAAGAAGUAUGCGAUGGAGCAGAGUAUCAAGAGUGUGCUGGUGAAGCAAACCAUCGCCCACCAGCAACAGCAACUCACUAACCUGCAGAUGGCAGCAGUGACAAUGGGCUUUGGAGAUCCUCUCUCACCUUUACAAUCGAUGGCAGCUCAGAGGCAGCGGGCGCUGGCCAUCAUGUGUCGUGUGUACGUGGGCUCCAUAUACUAUGAACUGGGAGAGGACACCAUCCGCCAGGCCUUUGCCCCAUUUGGACCUAUCAAAAGCAUUGACAUGUCCUGGGACUCUGUUACAAUGAAACACAAGGGCUUUGCUUUUGUGGAAUACGAGGUGCCUGAAGCUGCUCAGUUGGCCUUGGAACAGAUGAACUCAGUCAUGCUGGGUGGGAGAAACAUAAAGGUCGGCAGGCCUAGUAAUAUUGGACAGGCACAACCAAUCAUAGACCAGCUCGCAGAGGAGGCCCGGGCUUUCAACCGCAUCUACGUGGCGUCUGUUCACCAGGACCUUUCCGAUGACGACAUUAAGAGUGUGUUUGAGGCCUUUGGGAAGAUUAAGUCCUGCACGCUAGCCAGGGACCCCACAACAGGGAAACACAAAGGCUAUGGAUUCAUUGAGUAUGAGAAGGCACAGUCAUCACAAGAUGCUGUCUCAUCUAUGAACCUCUUUGACCUGGGUGGCCAAUAUCUCCGGGUUGGCAAAGCUGUCACUCCCCCAAUGCCUCUCCUAACACCUGCAACGCCUGGAGGAUUACCCCCUGCAGCAGCUGUAGCUGCAGCAGCUGCCACAGCAAAGAUAACAGCUCAGGAAGCAGUGGCAGGAGCUGCAGUCCUUGGCACUUUAGCAACACCUGGGCUGGUGUCUCCAGCGCUGACACUGGCUCAGCCUCUGGGGGCAUUGCCGCAGGCCGUAAUGGCAGCACAGGCACCAGGAGUCAUUACGGGUGUGACCCCCGCUCGACCGCCCAUUCCAGUCACUAUUCCACAGGUGGGAGUAGUGAAUCCUAUCCUAGCAAGUCCCCCAACAUUGGCUCUGUUGGAGGUUAAAAAAGAGAAGGAGGAGGAGGAAAUCUUCCAGGAGUCAGAGAGGCCUGAAAUGCUGAGUGAACAGGAGCAUAUGAGCAUAUCCGGCAGCAGUGCCCGUCACAUGGUGAUGCAGAAACUGCUUCGCAAACAGGAGUCAACUGUGAUGGUGCUGCGCAACAUGGUGGAUCCAAAGGACAUUGAUGACGAUCUGGAGGGAGAAGUGACAGAAGAGUGUGGCAAGUUUGGGGCAGUGAACAGGGUCAUCAUCUACCAAGAGAAGCAGGGCGAGGAGGAGGACGCUGAGAUCAUCGUCAAGAUCUUUGUAGAGUUCUCUAUGGCCUCGGAGACUCACAAAGCCAUUCAGGCCCUGAAUGGGCGCUGGUUUGCUGGCAGGAAGGUGGUGGCAGAGGUGUAUGACCAGGAGAGAUUUGAUAACAGUGACCUGUCAGCAUGAACUCUGCCUGAGAGAGACUUCUCCCCUGCCCCCUGUGUCCCAUCUGUUUUUUUAGCCAUGUGUAAGGAAUGCUGCUGGGUGAGCACAGCUCUCUACUGUGAUGUACAUGUAGUUUGGAUAAAAGUGCGAAGAAAAGCCA